AUGUUCGCUAAAGCUAAAGGAGACCUAAUAAAAGCCGCUAAGGCCUUUAGUAGGCGAGCGAGCUCUAGCGUCUGCUGCUUCGCGCGCGUAGCGCGUAUCCCGCCGCAACCGCCGCCGCCGCAUCGCCCUUCGAUUGCGUUUGCUAUAGCAGUAGUAGUAGUAGCAGCAGUAGCAGCUAUAGAAUCCGACUUUCUUUAUAACCCCUAUAGGCAUAGUAACCCGCAAGGCGGCGAUAAUAUCGAUAUAAACUUCGGUGCUAGCGGCGACGAUAAUAUCGAUAUAAACUUCGGUACUAGCGGCGACAACGACGACUAUAACCCUGCUAGCGCUAGUAGUAACGACGAUAGCGAUAACGAGAAUAAGCCUUUUAUUAGCCCUACCGCCGUAGCCUUCGAUGCUACCGCCCUCCCCCCUCCUACUGCUACUGCCGCCGCCGCCCUCCCUCCUCCUCCUACUACUACUACCGCCGCCGCCCUCCCUCCUCCUCCUACUACUACUACUGCCGACGCCCUCCCUCCUCCUCCUCCUACUACUACUGCCGACGCCCUCCCUCCUCCUACUACUACUACCGCCGCCGCCGUCCCUUUCUUCGCUCCGCCGGCCGUAGCACUAACGAUAGGCGGGCAGGUUAGCAAUAUGCCGCCUAUCCCGGCCGGAGGUGCUCGCGUACCUCGCCCUUAG